AUGCGGGCAGGACCCAGCUCGCGAUCGCGUUCGGCGGCAUUUCCCCUCCUAUCCCCACUCGCGCUCCUCUCUGCGCUCCUAUUCUCCGCACUCGGCGCUGUCGCGCUCAAAUAUAACGCGACGCUGGACCCGUGGAAUAUCAACAAGAACACUGACCCCAACGCCGCUAUCCAAGACUACACCACCACCCGCGCCAACACCACCUACACCAAAUCCCCGACAAAUUGGCGCUCUCUACCAUGUUACACUCUUUUGCUCGACAAGUGGAUGGACGGCAAGCCCGACAAUAACGACUUUUUCAAGACCCUGCACGAGUAUGACUGGAGAGAAACGCAGAUGCGGGCGGGUGGUGACGCGACGGGAUUGAUGAGCGCCCGGAGUCUGGAUUAUUUGCAGGGAAUAGGGUAUCAGUGUAUCUAUAUCGCCGGAACACACUUCCUCAACAUGCCCUGGCAAUCGGACGGAUACUCUGCCAUCGAUUUCACACUGAUCGACCCGCACUACGGAACGGUCGAGGACUGGCGGAAGAUGAUUGACGAGAUGCACAGGCGAGGCAUGUACAUCAUCAUGGAUUUCACGGUCGGGACUAUGGGAGAUUUCAUCGGUUUCAAGGGCCAUCUCAAUUCGUCCACUCCCUGGCGGCUCGACGAAUACGAGGUUCAGUGGAAGCGUCCUCCUUACGCGCCAUGGGGCUUUGAUUACUACCCGGACUUUGACUUCAACAACGAAUACAACUCGUCCUGCCAGUACCCCACCUUCUGGCUCGAAGACGGUACGAUCUACGACCCGGGAAAGACUGGAUGCUACGCCAGUAACUUUGACCAGUAUGGAGAUAUCGAAGCUUUCGGUGUUUUCCCCGAUUGGCAGCGUCAAUUGGCUAAAUUCGCCUCCGUCCAGGACCGUCUCCGAGAAUGGCAGGUCCGGGUCUCGGACAAGAUCAAGAUGUUCGGGUGCUUGACUAUUCAAGCGCUCGACAUUGACGGUAUUCGUAUCGACAAGGCCACCCAGGUCACGGUCGACUUCAUGGCGGACUGGUCGCACCAUACGCGUGAAUGCGCCAAGAACAACUUCGGCAAGGACAACUUCUUCAUUCCAGGAGAAAUCACCGGUGGAGACACCUUUGGCGCCCUCUACAUCGGUCGAGGCCGUAGUCCUACCCUUCGUCCUUCGGAUUUCAACACCGCCGUCAACCUUACCCAAGCCCAAGGCCAGUAUUUCCUCCGGGAUGCCGGUUACUCGGGUCUUGACGCUUCCGCGUUCCAUUACUCGGUAUAUCGAAAUCUGGCGAGAUUCCUCGGGAUGGACGGAAAUCUGAACGUCGCGUACGAUAUCUCGGUCAACUUUGCCACUGCGUGGUCAGAGAUGGCGGUCAGUAACGAAUUCCUCAACGUCAUGACCGGCGAGUUCGACCCGCGGCACCAAUAUGGAACGACCAACCAGGACGUGUUCCGCUGGCCCGGUCUCGUCAACGGUACACAGCGUCAGCAGCUCGGUCAAUUCGUCUGCAACCUCGUUCUCCCCGGUCAGCCGCUCGCGUGGUACGGAGAGGAGCAGGGCAUGUACGCGCUGGACAACGGCGCUGCCAACUAUAUCUAUGGACGUCAAUCCAUGGUGUCGAACCAGGCUUGGCAGCGUCACGCUUGCUACAAGCUCGGAUCGGAGCAGUACUACAACAUGCCCUACGCCCGCACCUUGACCGGUUGCGACGACCCCUGGAACUCGCUCGACCACUUUGACCCCACCGCGGAACCCCUCCGCAGCACCCGGAACCAGCUCUACCUCCGCUCGCGGUAUCCCUCCCUCCAGGACGGGUUCGGUCUGGUCCAGCUGGGCAACUGGACUCACUUUAUCCAGCUGCCCGGUUCCAAUACCACAAAGACCGAGCUCGGACUGUGGUCAAUCAACCGUCAGCCCCUCAGCUCCCAGCAGGGCAAGAACGGUUUCCGGUCGAACGGAACUAUCGGGCAGUCGGUCUGGAUGCUCUACACCAACGAGAACCACACCAUCACCCACACCUUCGACUGCAAGCAGCCCGACUGGAUCUCUUCUCCCUUCCAGUCCGGCACUCGGGUCAAGAACUUGUUCUACCCGUUCGAGGAGUACACCCUGCAGGACUCGCAGGACUCGUACUUCAAGAACCAGAUCGCGCCCUGGACUGGCUGUCUCGGCCAGGUCACCAUGCAGCCGUUCGAGUACAAGGCGCUCGUCCCCAUCGCGGAAUAUCAGCCGCAGCGGCCGAGUAUGACCAAAUUCACUCCCGGUCAUGACGCUCGUAUCCUCCUCAGCGGUACCACCCUCGACGUCACCAUCGAGUACGACUCGGAGAUGGAAUGCUCCUCGCUCCAGGGCGCCAUGACCUUGUCGUACUCGCUCGGCGGAUCGGACGCCAAGCCCGUCAUCAGCGCCGGCUCGUGCGCGGCCAUCCCUGCCGCCCAGCGACCGAUCCCGACUUUGGUCGCCACCGCCCCCUCUGCGUGGCGGUGGACGGGUCAGAUCACCGGCGUCGUCGAGGGUAUCUACGACCUUCGGAUCGGGAGCGUCAACGCCUACCAGAGCACGCUCAACACCGGGCGCACGGAUCACCUCAUGUUCCGAGUCGGUCAGGCAGGCAAUCCCAUGGUCUUCCCCCUCGGCGCCGACUACAGCUCCACCCUCCUCUCGCACAACGGCGGCGUCUACUCGCUCAACCACUCGGCGCCUGGUGCGGACCAGUUCAGAUACUCGGGGAACUUUGGUCAGGACUGGUCAGACUGGCAGGCGUACUCUCCCCAGACCAAUUUGAACGACUCGACGUUCAAGAACAACUGGUGGAAGGGAAGCCACGUCAUUGUCCAGUACUACUCGGAAAUUGCCCACUCGGGUCAGCACAUCCAGCACGCGGACGCCGAGUACAGCGGCUUCCAGCGGCGGUUCCCUCAGCUCCUCGCUCGCGGUCAAUUCAACAACUGGGGUUAUGACCUCGGAGCGUCAGCUUCAUUCAAGCUCCAGGAGUCGUCCAAAUGGGUCAUGCCACUCUCGUCCUCGUGGCCGUCCUACAUCCAGCUCAACGUCUGGGCGUACGACGACUACUUCUACGGUGACACGGACGGAGAUGGAGUCAUCGACCGUCUCCCGCCCAACGCGCUCUCGCCCAACUUUAUGAACAUGUCGCAACCCCCGGCUCCCUUCCUCGCCUGGAACGUCUUUGUCGAUGACCACACCGGUGCCUGGUCCGUCGAGCCCAUCGGAAACGAGCGGGUCAGCAUCAUCGCCUUUGCCCUCCUCCUCUCCAUCCCCAUCAUCACUGCCUUUAUCGCCGCUGCCAUCUUCCGGUACUCGUUCUACUCGAUCAAGGUCAACAAGUGGGGUCUCAAGCCCAAGGGCAAGGAGACCAGCUACUUCCCGAUCAUUGGCGGAGGCGAGAAGAAGGAGAAGCACAUGGAUGAGAAGGGCGCUAUGGUGCUAGCGGACAAGCCGCACAAGGGAUCGGACAAGAUCAUCGGGUGGCCGGAGGACCCCAACAAGCGGAGGAAGGUGCUUAUCGCUACUCUCGAGUACGAGAUCAUCGACUGGAAGCUCAAGGUCAAGAUCGGUGGUCUCGGUGUCAUGUCGACCCUGAUGGGCAAGGCGAUGACGGAUGUCGACCUGAUCUGGGUUAUUCCCAAGGUCCAGGACCUGGAGUACCCUCAGGGAGACUACGCCGAGCCGAUCGAGGUCAUCAUCUUUGGCGAGCCGUACCUCAUCGAGGUGGAAACCCAUCAGCUCGAUAACAUUACCUACAUCAUCCUCGACUCCCCCGUCUUCCGCGCCCAGACCAAGUCGGACCCGUACCCCCAGCGAAUGGACGAUCUGUCCUCGGCCAUCUUCUACUCUACCUGGAACCAGGCUAUCGCCGAGACGGUCCGCCGAUUCCCGGAUAUCGACAUUUACCACGUCAACGACUACCACGGUGCCCUCGCUCCCCUCUACCUCCUCCCCAAGGUCCUCCCCAUCUGUCUCUCCCUACACAAUGCCGAGUUCCAGGGUCUUUGGCCAUUGCGGACCAAGGACGAGAUGAAGGAGGUUUGCGCAGCAUUCAACAUCCCCAAGGAGGUCUGCAGCAAAUACGUCCAAUUCGGAAACACCUUCAACUUGCUCCACGCCGCCGCCAGCUUCAUCUCGAUCCAUCAAAAAUCGGUCGGUGUCGCCGGUGUCUCGGACAAGUACGGAAAGCGGUCCUGGGCGCGAUACCCCGCACUCUGGACGCUCAAGAACAUCGACUCCCUCCCCAAUCCCGAUCCCACGGAUAUCGCGGCUCUUGAUGAGCAGCCCAUGGCGGUCGAGCGGAUCGAGGUGGAUACCGAGGCGGAGUCUAAGCGGCCUGAGUUCAAGCGACAGGCGCAGGAAUGGGCGGGAAUCAAGCAGGACCCCACUGCGGACCUGUUUGUCUUCGUCGGUCGUUGGUCUAAGCAAAAGGGUGUCGACCUUAUCGCCGACGUCAUGCCCUCUUUGCUUGACAAGAAGCCAAAGAUCCAGCUCAUCUGUGUCGGACCGGUCAUUGACCUGUACGGUCGAUUCGCCGCCGAGAAGCUCUCGCGGCUUAUGGAAAUGUACCCGGACCGGGUCUUCUCCAAGCCGGAAUUCACCAGCUUGCCACCCUACCUUUUCUCGGGCGCCGACUUUGCCCUCAUUCCGUCGCGAGAUGAGCCGUUCGGUUUGGUGGCUGUCGAGUUUGGAAGGAAGGGUGCUUUGGGUGUCGGAGCGAGGUUGGGUGGUUUGGGUCUUAUGCCGGGAUGGUGGUUCCCUGUCGAGUCGUCCGCAACGGUCCACAUGCUGUCGCAGUUGACCAAGACGAUCAAGCUGGCCUUGAAGUCGACAGAGCAUGAGCGUGCCAUUCUUCGUGCACGAUCUGCCGUCCAGCGUUUCCCGGUCGUCGAAUGGCGUCAGCGUCUCGAGGACUUCCAGAAGCGGUCGAUCAACGCGUCUCGAGGCAUUGCUAGCGAGCAUGCCUGGGGUUACGACCUCGUCGGCCAGGGUGCACCUCUCGGCGGACGGACUGGCUUCUACGCUCACGAGAUGGGGUCCACUACCUCGCUCGCCGGUGGAGAAAUGCCGCCUGGAAACCGUCCUAUGUCUGGCGCCCCGCACCUCGACGGUCAAUUCGAUAACAAUCAACUUUCAGCCAACGGUCCCGCUUACCACGACCGGUUCAAGCAGUCUCAGCGGAAUCAGAACCGCCAGUCUGCCGAAUCCUUCUACGACGAGGACCCGAACGCGGAGCCCUUGUACUAUGGCGACAAGCGCCGGUCCAAGAAGUUCUUUGCUGGCGGGCAGGACGACGAUGCCUCUUCGAGGGGAUCCUCGGAUCACGGCGAGUCGACCGCGGCUGCCUCCAUGCGCUCAGGAGCGGGCGCAGGUGGUGCCCCAUACGACUCGUUCUUGGCUGCUGCCAACAAGCAGUUCUCCAAGACGUCUGGGAACCGGAACGCGCCCGACCCGCUCUUUGACAGCCGUCAAAGCGUGGAUGCCAACUUCAUGCCUUCUCGGCCGUUCUCCAUCCACUCGCGCGUGUCGAGCUUCGACUCGAUCAGCAGUAUUGUGGAGGACAAGGGUGCCAGUUCGCCAUUGAACAAGGCUAUGGACUCUUUCACUGACUCUGAUGGUGAAGUUGCCCAAAGCUUCGUUCAGAAGCUGAGGGAUCUGUCGGCGGACAACUCGAAGGGCGAUCUGUGUAUCGAGAAGUUCUUGAUCAAGUCUGAGAAGGCGUUCUUCACCGAGAUCAAGAAGGAGAAGAUAUCAGCCAUGUCAAUACGCUCAAGCCGAGACUCGUUCGCCCAAUCUCGCGCACCAAGUAUGAUUGACGGUUUCCGACCAGAAUCUCCAUACCAACAUUCGGCUUCCGGACACGGUCACGAUGACGGCUACAUCGACAACUACGGCGGCGGCGAGAUGUAUGAUGAUGGACCGAGCAACGAGGCGCGCAUGACCCGACUCCAGGUCUUCAUGCAGCACAGCGUCGCUGGCUGGCCAUUAUACACCAUCAUCAUCGCUCUGGGACAACUUCUUUCAGCUACUUCGUUCCAGCUGAGUCUACUCGGCGGUUCAAAUACCCUGAAAGAGGUCGACCUGUACAUCGUCUGCGCCAUCUUCGUCGUCGCCACCGUAUUCUGGUACACCAUCUUCAGGAUGUUGCCGUCCGUCUGGGUCUUGUCGCUACCAUGGCUUGCCUUCACUGUUGCCUUCCUGCUCAUCGGCUUCCCUUCACUGCACGGUCCCUUCAUCGGUCCUCGGCUCAUCAUCACCCGGGUUGCCACUUGGGCCUACGCCAUCGCUUCGGCUGCUGGUUUCCUCCAGUUCGGUCUCAACUUCGGAGAAGAGGCUGGAGCCGCGACCGAGGUCUGGAUCACUAGGGCUUGUGUCGUCCAGGGUCUGCAGCAGAUCUGGGUCUCCGUGCUCUGGUACUGGGGAUACACGCUCAACGGGACUGACCCUGCCAAGUACGAACCGCCACAGUUGAUCCUCUACAUCGUCUGGCCUUUGGCUGUCAUGUCGCUGGCAUUCUCGUGGUUGCUCUUUGCAGGUCUGCCAGAGUACUACCGACAGAUCCCGCCUUACGUGCCCAACUUUUUCAAGACCCUCGUCCGGCGGAAGUUGGUCGUCUGGUUCCUCAUCUCGGAGGUUCUGCGGUCGUACUGGCUGUCUGGACCUUAUGGGCGGAACUGGCAAUUCUUGUGGUCGGCCGUCGGCGUCCCGUCGUGGGCGGUGGUCAUCAUGAUCACCGUCUUCUUCAUCGGUAUCUGGGGUCUGCUUAUGGGUAUUCUUAUCAAAUACGCCAAGAUUCACUCGUGGUUGCUUCCCGUCUUUGCAGUCGGUCUCGGUGCACCUCGAUGGUGCCAGAUGUGGUGGGGUACCUCAGGCCUGGGGCUGUACGUUCCCUGGGCUGGUGUUGCCGGACCAUACGUCUCGACCUGUCUCUGGCUUUGGCUCGGUGUGCUCGACGCACUCCAGGGUGUCGGUCUGGGAAUGAUUCUCCUCCAGACCCUCUCGCGUCUCCAUGUCUGCGCUACCCUCGCGGGCGCGCAGCUCUUGGGUUCCAUCGUCGUCAUGGUUGCUAGGGCCACAUCGCCAUCAAAGGUCGGACCUGGAAACGUCUUCCCCAAUCCGGCAAUCUGGAACCCGUCGACCGGCGAGAACAACCCCUUCGUCCACUGGGAGUUCUGGCUCGCAUUGAUAUGUCAAAUCGUCAUUGUCAUUGGCUACUUUGUCUUCUUCCGAAAGGAACAACUGGUAUGUUUCGCCGCUCUGCUGCCCUGUUCGAAGCUCGAGCUGACUCCUUGCAGAGCAAGCCAUAGUUGCCGAAUGAGGUCGAGGAGGUGGAAGUGGAAGAGAAGAAGGAGAGGGGAGAGAAGGGGGAUCGGGGGAUGA